CCCCACCAGACUUUCGAACAAGCUGUCAAUGUCAUGAAUCUUUGUACGACAACGGGGUCCCUCGAGGACUUGGACGUGCUUUUCUCUGUGCAGCCUAUACCGCAAUUGGCUUCCGUGGACGACGAUCGCCACUUCUUCAUACCACCUUUACCUCUCAGACCUCAAGAUCCUAUCCUCGACCUUGUACAGAAACGUCAAGGCUUGGAUCUAUCGGCAGACAUAGUUCAUCACACAACUCACAUAGCCGACCCCGAAUUGCCACAGUCACCACCGGUUGCCCAUGUCGAUCCUCAGUCUCAUGUACAGUCCACGUUCUGGCCAUACCUCUCCACAGAUGAGCAUGUCACAAGCGGCAAGCUGUACUCUUGGGACGCUCUCCGCCUCCCACUGAACAUUUCUCAUUGCUCGUCUGAAUACUUAUCUGAGCAAGACACCCAGCUCUAUGCCUCACUUCAUUUGAACUCGAUUUCAGGCGGUAAAGACGUCAAUCGGUCUGUUAUCCGUAUUGGUAAUACGCAACUUCUCGCUUCACUCAGAUCAAACUUGCUCGGUCUAUCUACCACUUUGCAUUCCUGGAACGAGAGCGCAGAGUUGUUUGAACCCCAUGAGGGCAAUCAACUUAUCUUUCUGGCCAGCCAGGACAGAGUGGAAGUCAUCAAUCAAAGUCUUCUUUCAAAGUUUCUCAGCUUGAGCAGUCUUCUGCGUCGGCUAGACGUUCUCGUACAGACGUCUCCAAGAAGAAGACUGAAGUCGAGUGCUACAAUACACGCCUUCAUCUACACACUUUCCAACGUCGUGGGAUUUAUACGACAUAGUCUAACAGAGCGCCAACGAACAGCGGACCUGAGUCAACAAUCGCUCUCUUCAACAUGGUCAAUGUGGGCCGAAUACGAAGAUAUAGUCCUCACGCUGGCCGAGUUGUGUGGAAGGAAUCUCGACUGUCAUCCGUCAUGCUAUCUGGAUCUUCCCUCAGAUGCAGUCAAUCUGCUCUCUUUAAUAUAUGACGAGCUCCAUCGGCAUACUAGCAAGUCGUCCUCUAGGAUGACAUGUGCUUUACUAGCGCACGUUCUCACUGUCAGCUCUACCCAAUACAUCGACCGGCUGAGCAAAACGGUUGCUUUGAGUGGGCUCGGAAGGGUGCAACUAGACUCCUUCCAUGCAAGCGCAUCCACUGCAGUCUCUUUCGGAGACUUUGAAGGGGAUCAAGUCGGGGUUCACCCUCUCAAGGCAGUUGAUGACGAUGAGAUUGAAGAUGGACGCUACCCAAGCUUUUUACCACCUGAGUUGGUUGCCAUCCUACCUGCUGCGACAAAGUCUCUCAAGCUACUGGCUGCGGCGCGCCCUGACCACCCUAUCCUGGUUAAUUUUCAGGAAAGGCCGACAGUCGUCUGGCUUUGGGAAGUGUCGAUAAUACAUAGCGCCUGGGUUGGAGAGCUUUCAGGUAGCUCACCAUCUCCGGAAAAUGCUCUUGAUCCAGACCCUACGAGUCGAGCUCCUCAACAGAAAUAUAGAACAGGCUUAGAAGGACUUGGCGUUUUUGAUUUAGAGCCGUCAAUAGGGUCGUUCUCAUCCCUAAAGGGCCAGACCUAUGCAAGACUGGAAGCUUUCACUCAAAGGUAUCCAGAUCAUCUUCCCUCUGUCACCCCAACGCUCCACGCUUUGUCAGAGCUUGUUUUUUCCCCACUGACCGUUCAUUCCUCCUCGCUUUCCCAAGCACUGCUCCUGCUCCUGCUGGACACUCAGUCAUCCUUAUCUCUUCAGCAACACUUAGUCUUACUUCGAUCUCACAUGUUGUUCACCUCCCAUCAUUUCCGGUUGCGUCUCACCAACGCGCUGUUUUCAGACCGUGGUGAUCAGGAGGAUCUAGAGCACGAUCCCCGAUCCCUUGUCAUGCUUCGUGGCCAAAAAGCAAGCGACACCGCUGGCAACAUCCUCUGGCCGGUUGGCCUGUCACCUCUCCUGUCCAACAGAGAGUCUUGGCCUCCAGGUGGUGCAGAACUGAGCUACGUGUUAAGGACCGUGAUAGUGGACUCUCUGGAGCAAGCCUAUUUGGCACGAAAUGCUACCACCGGAGGAGAAAUAUCCGAAAUUGAGAGCCGUCUUGGAUUUGCGAUUAGGGAUCUUCCCGUUGGCCCAGGGAGAGAUAACUGGCUGAACCCUCGCUCUAUAGAAGCUUUGGAUUUUUUGUACCUAGAUUACAAAGUACCACACCCUCUGGACGUGGUCAUCACUCCGGAAAGUUUGCUGAAGUACCAACGAGUAUUUGCUUUCGUCCUUCGGCUUACGAGAGUUGAGGCAGCCAUACGGUACACUUACAGGCUCACCAGAAACAGUCAAGCACCUGUCUUCCCUACCUUCUCGAAAUCAAAUAAGCUCCUCUCCCACUUCCGAUUCGUUGCUCACUCAUUCAUAUCCAACCUGUCGACUUACGUGAUGGGAACCGCGAUCGGCGCUAAUUACGAUGUUUUCCUUCGUCAAUUAGAUCUUUCCUCGCGUAGCGCUGAAGAGGCUGAGAAGCAUGGCUUCAGAGACGUCUUUAUGCUUGCCGACAGGCACUCUGCGCUCUUGGAUGACAUUCUGAGCGCCUGCUUGCUGCGAUCAGGACAGCGAGCAGUCGGCAACCUACUCAGGAAUGGGAUAGAAAUUGUGCUCGAAUUCACGAUGCUGCUCAAUGACAUGUCCUGCGGCAGUUUAAAAGAGUAUGAGGCAACCCAUCAACUGGAGCAACUCUAUGGCCGGUUCAAAAGCAAGAUGGCGCAAAUGACCAGAGGAUUGCGGAACUUGCUUAACCGGGACGAGGGCAUGUUGCUGCAGCUACAGAGCCGGACUUCAGGAUCCGGGCCUGGCCUUUCACAAGCACCAGGGGGGUUGGAAGCUCUGCACCAACUGAUGACUGGAUUGGACCUGAGUGAUUGGUGGACUCAUGCAGAAAAGUUACAAUCAAGAAGUGGGACACAGAAGAGUGAUCAAAACAAUGGAUUGCAUAACAAAGCAUAACGAGUGGAUAUUGGAUGCGUACUGAGGGUGCCUAACUUACUUGCGAUCUACAUACUGCUGGAUUACGAAUACAAAACAAUGGGAAUGACUAGUACUAGAACUUAGGAAUAAUGUACAACUAACCUAUGUCUCGGCACAAGGACAAAACUGAAGCAUACUUUUCAUAAUAAAUACCAAGCGCUGAUUAGGACUCCCAAGCGUCCUCAAAAGUAUUGCUUGCAGAAUUUGUUUGCAUGACACGAGCUUUCAUGUCUUUCUUCAUGCGGGAAUUUUCGUGGAUCCAGAUGGACUGGAUCUCCUCCUGGGUCACGUCGGUGGACCCCUCAGAUGUAUUCUGAAUGCCAAGCCCACGUAGAAUCUCUUCCUGCCGAAGAGUCUCCACGAGCUGGACUCGCUGUGCCACAGCUUUAAUGACACCUGAAGAUGCGGAGCGUCCAAAGCCCUUCCGACCAGGUUUAGUCGGGGACCCCAUUCCCACAACAUUGCAGCCGGAGAUAACGACCAGACCCACUGUUUCCAGGACGCCGAUGAGGUCGUUGAACUCGCUGCGAGAGACGGCUUGGUGGCCGGAGUCGUCGCUUUGAGAGAGGACCUUGGAAUAGUAGGCAUGCAGGUGAGUGAGGUCGUGACCACUGGCACGACCAGACUGCACGGCACUGGAGGAAGAGGUACGCUUAACAGGCGACCUUGGGGUGGUGGCUGGUGAUGACCCAAGAGGCAGGGAAGCAUCGCAACGCUGCGAAGCGAGCAGAAUAGAGAGGAGAACAAAACGCCCUUGAAGUCCGAGAUUUUGAAUCUUGGUAACCGUCUCACUGGAUACUGUUACUGAACCUGAAGGAGUGGCCGUCCGAGGAGCCGAGCGAGCGGAUGCAGCCGGUAGGUACGCCUUCAGAGCAGAGAGGAUAAGGGGAGGGGUGACCGUAGGAGUGGGAGUAUCCAGGGGGUUUUCCACAGGUUUUGUUUUAGAGGCCGAGACCGCAAGGUCAAUUGCGCUACGGAGUACCUCGAACAAGGCUCGUACAUCUCCAGUCUGCGAGGCAAUUUUCUUCGACAAAAGAGUUAGAGUGCUCUCAGGAAGCAGCUUUUGUGUCUGCUUCUCAGACACGGAGUCUGAAGCCGAGUCAUAAAGAGAAGAUAAGCGUGCUUUGAGGAUGAUGAGAAGUUCAGGAGAUGUGUAUGCAGGAAAGUGAAGUGUUUGAACGCCUGAUAGUUUAUGCUCGGGACCUGAUGUCAGGGUAUGCGUGUUUGCAAUGCCAAUAAUGCGUAGCAUAGGCAGGUCACGAGGGAGAGAAAAGAUGGCUUCGAGAGCCCCAUUCGUGUCUGAGACAUGGUCUAGCUCAUCAAGCAGUAUGACACAAGGUCGGUUCAAGGACGAUAUUAUGGCCUCUACGGCUUGUUUGCCUUUCAGCUUCCGUCGAGGUUGAGAGCCGGAGCCGCUGAGUUCAUCAGAUAGGCGAUCCCAGAGAGCAUCGACUUUGCCCAAGCCCAUACAGUUGAUCAAAGCAACAGCGACAUUCGAGACAUCGAGUGAUCGCAAAAUGCUAUAGACCAGCGCAGUUUUGCCGGUGCCAGGCGUACCAGAUACAUAGAGACAGCGGUGUGCGGUCGUGUCCUCAGAGCUAUGGACAAAUCUGGUAAUGAUCUCUCGUUCAUUUACACGGCCUGCCAUAUGGGAGUCGGUACACGUCGAUCGCAACAGUGCGCGAGCCCGGGCAUAAACAGGAAGGAGGGAAAGAGGCGGGGAAGGAGGGGGAGUUGAGAGAGCCCAAUGGGAAACGUUGGCCGAGGGCGUGCUUGGAGCGCUUUUGAUGUUGGGGGUAGAGACAUGCCGGCGCGUGGCUCGAGGUCUCGUUGGAGUGAUGAUUUCCGUAGACGACCUAGUAAGAGUAGAAGCGCGUCUUAAGACGGGGGAUGAUCCAUUAACGGGGGUUGCAGCCAGUGGUUUGACGUUCUCCUUGUUGGCAUCGCCGUCGACCACCGGAGAAACCCGGGCUCUUUUUGACUUGGGUGUCGGGUCCGGAGUGGGAAGCGAGUUAAUGCUGUCGAUGGAGCUGCACGAAAGCGACGACAGGGAUGUGUCGAGCUGAAGGGAGCGCUUUCCAAGGACAGAAGAUCUGGUCUGCAUAAUGACAAUGGUCGCU